CCACCUACCCCAAUAACGGACAGAACUCCAGGAGUCCUUUAUAGUGAUCAACUCCCCAUAGAAGCGGAGACGGAGGUGCGACCUGGAAACACUCUAAAUCGACCUGAGUUUGACUUUGAAGAGGACGUAGAAGUACCUGAAAGACCUGCCGCCUCACUUUACGAAUGCACGCACAAUGGAAGUCUUGACAUGUAUAAGGCCGCGCAACUCAUUCUGAAGCAAAGAAAAGAAGGAAGCUUUAAUCAGAAUGUCUAUGACGAAUUCGUAAGAUCCGAAGUUGCGUCGCGCAUACAGUAUUUUCGCAACGAUGGACUGUUUAAUCUCUCGGAUACAACCCUAGAAAUGCGUCUUGUAGGAAUAAGCAGCUUCAUGAUGGGUGAGAUACAAUGCGCGAAACUGGAUCGCUAUAUGCGUUUGGUGGAAGUUUCGGAAAGAAAAGAUGGUCCUCAAAGCAAGCCACUAAUGUCCGUCAAAAAUUUCACUAGGCAAUGGAACAUGGAUGGACCCGAACCUUUCGUGAAGGUGGCUCUUCAAGACAUGGUGAGUGACUACCAUCCGAAAGAAUGCAGCACCCCGUUCCAAAUUUUUGCCGGUCUUUAUCGUUUUCUGUUUAUGAAGAUUACCAAUCCUCCCCAGAAGAUACAGGAUUAUGCCGUGCGGUUAAAUGGGAGGAAUGGAAGGAACGACCUCCUCCUAGGUCUGCCCAUGCAGAUUGAAACGUUGCUACUAGAUUUUGGGGAGGAUUAUAUUGGCUACGGCCACAACGAGUUGAAAUCAGGGGUAGUGGUGAAUCCAACACAAUCAAAAUAUUUCAUGAGUCUGGGGACCACCAAUGAGGAGAGGGAACGGGCCCUCAAAUUGCGCACUGACGAAAGGGUGCUGUAUCGAAAAGAGCUGUUCAAGGGGCUACAACUGGCACUAAGAGAUGUGCGCUCCUACGUCUGGGACAACCGGAAAAAACAAUGGAUGCCCAACCACAGAAAGUCAAAGCGUACCCGACUAUAUGAAGGAGACGAAAACGAGGAUCCUCAACGCCAAUCCAGAUGA